AACCGUCAAAUAUUGUCCACCACAGGCUUCCGUUGUCAUAUCAUAUGAAUGUUUGUCGUCGAUUUUAAGUUCUCCUUUUAAAAGCUUCCUUCCCGUCAUACUAACAAACCAAAUUAUCUAACUGGAUGGAAUUUAUGAUGCCAACCUCUCAAUAAGCGAGUCAUAUACACAGCGGACAUGUUACACCGAUGAUUGCGAACAACAUUCGCUAAAAACGCGGCAGUCAUGCUUCGGUGGUUUUUUGGUGGUCGUGAAACUCAAAGCUCCGUGGAGAAAAGCGGAGUGUUGUGCAUCGGUGAGGAACAGCCCAAAAACUGCUUCACUGAGCUGCAGGUACUGAAAGGACAUUUUGACAUUGUUCGAUUUCUGGUGCAGAUUGAUGACUUCAGAUGCGCUUCAGCCGGUGACGAUGGCCUGGUGCUGGUCUGGAACGUGGAGACAGGUGAACGUGUGCAGGAGCUUCGGGGUCACUCCCAGCAGAUCACCGCCAUGGCCGUCUUGCGUUGCGGCGAUGUCCGCCUCAUCACCGCCUCCUCGGACCGUAGCCUCAGCUUGUGGGACCCUGACACCGGCAACCGACUGCAGACUGUUCUGGACCUUCAGUCAUCUGUCAAGUGCAUCCUGGUGCUGGAGUGGCUGAGCGCGUGGAUCUCGGGUGGUCAGGAAUUGUGCGUAUGGAGCAAAGAUUUCCGUCUGGAGUGUCUGAAAGAGCGCCACAGCGACACAGGAAUCAGCUCGCUGAUCAAGCUGCCCAAGAACUGCGUGGCCGCCGCCGUGGAUAAGACUGUCGUCAUCUACAAGCUGACGGCGAGCGGCAAUGCCCUCUCCAUCGUGGAGAUCUGCUGCCUGGCCGACCAUCAGGACCAAAUCCGCGCCCUGGUCAACGUCAACGACGCCAUGUUCGCCAGCGGCUCUCACGCAGGCGAGCUGAUCGUGUGGGAUGCGUUGGACUACAACGUGCUAGCUUAUCAGCACAUCCUGUGGGAGGAGCCUCAGACCCACGCCGCGCAGUCCAACAUCCAAACGGGCGGACCCAAAACCAGCGAGAUGUCCAUUCAGCACCUGGCCUCCAACGGAAACCUGGUGGCGGCGGCAGUAGGCAGCGGCGUGUACGUGUUCAGCGUGGCGACCAAGGCGGCGGUGGCGUACAGGAAGUGCGCCCACGACUCGGACGUGCUGCACAUCGCGCUGCUUUCCGACAGCGAGCUGAUGUCGUGCUCGGAGGACGGCAGCGUGAGGAUGUGGGAGAUAGGAGAGCUUCCUUUAGCCGGAGAACCCGCCUCUCCAGGCUUCUUUGGGAUGUGGACCUUGGGGCGCUCCAGUAGGCAAGCGUGUCCCACGUCCAAACAGACGUCGGACGCGGCGCCCAACAAAACGCUGGAGUUGACGGGCGACCUCAUCGGACACUCGGGCGCAGUCCAGAUGUUCGUGGCCUUGCCGGAGAACGGCCUGCUGACGUGCUCGGCCGACCACCAGCUUAUCCUUUGGAAGAACGGCGAGAAGCAGUCGUGCCUUCGCAGCCUGGCGCUCUUCCGGAAACUGGAGGAGAAUGGCGGACUGUGAAAGGCUUUGAUUUAUUAUUUUUUUUAACCCGCCCCCCCCCCAAGUCCAAAUGUAGCGUUGUACAUCUUCGGUGUAGUACCACACCGUGCCACAACUUUCCAGGCAGCACUGUAUCGCAAUUAACAGCAAGAGGAAGAGGCAAAGAAGGUCCCCAACUGAGCUCCAGUCACGGUCGUCGUUCCCGCAGAGCAGAAAAAUGAUAUGCCUGUGAGUAUUGUUGCAUGCUGUUUGAUAUGUGUCGGUGCUCGGGGUGAGUGGCAUCGGUUGAUAAUUACUGUAACUUCGAUGCUAAUUUCCAUGAGCUUGUCUAUGGCUUUUCACCUUAUAUGUUUGCAUUAAGCUAGCAGUUGUUUGCUUGAACGUGUUGGUGUUUAAAAACGCAAUGCUUCAUUGUAUUUUGCCAUUUGUGCCAGUUUUAAAGCAAACCCAAGUGGAUGUGGCAAGUAAAUAGCUUGAAGCAACCUU